ACAAGCAACACAAAUCAGUCUCAUACUGAAGCAUUACAAUUGAAGUUCAAUUUUCUUCAACUAUUUCUACUACAUUGAGAUCAUUUUUUCCGUUAGUGGGUGAAGAAACAAUAAACAAUGGGCUUCCGCUUACCUGGUCUAAGACGAUCAUCAUUUAGUGCAAGCCAACAAUCUUCUUCCAAGGUCAUGGAAGUCCCAAGAGGGCAUCUUGCAGUGUAUGUUGGAGAGAAAAUGAAGCGGUUCUUGAUUCCAGUGUCAUUCUUGAAUGAGCCUUUAUUUCAAGAAUUGCUGAGCCAAGCUGAAGAGGAGUUUGGUUACUGUCAUCCUAUGGGUGGUCUGACGAUUCCCUGCAAGGAAGAUAUGUUCUUGGAUAUAGCUUCUCGCUUGAAAAGAUUAUAGUUCAUACUAUAAAAGAACCUAAUCCUGACAUAGACUACUUGACUUGAGACAAUUUUGUACAACAGACUUUUUCUAUCUUGUAAAUUUAUCUUUUAAUACAUGAGUGAACAAACACAAACUUUGUACCAAUUUUAGAGAUAUUGCGUAUUACAGUUAUUGGAUGCAAGAUUCUUUUGAAUAUAUUGAGACACACAGAAGUCAAUCGAAGAAUUUUUUCGUUGUCAUAAGACCAGCAGAAAUGAUUGUAUUCAGUUGAUGGCCAUGUUAACUGAUUUUUCCCUUUUACCAUUCCUCGGAGGGUAGAAAGAAGUUCAUGAGAGUUAUGAAAUGAGAUUGAUACUA